AUGGAAUUUGGAGAAUUUAUUAAGACCCCUACAGUAAAGAAUGUCUGUAUAAAACGUCCUUUUACUAAAGCAGUUACUGUUUCUUUUUGUAUCACAGGGCAUCAUGUAAUUCAGUCCUCUAGAUCAGAAAAUCAUGAGGAAUUGUGGGUAAGUUUAUGCGGAACAACUUUUGAUAAGCAUUGGCACAUCUCAGUUCCAUGGAGAUUAUUUGGCUCAGCUUCCUCAGUACACAAAGAAAAUGGGAGAGAAACCUGUUCCAUGUUGAAUGAGUGCAAAGCAUAUACACACAAGCAUAGUUCCCAGAAUACUUUAUUUAUAGAUGAUAUUAGCCUGAAGUAUCCAUUUUUCUAUCGAGCUGGAUUUGAGCCAUUAGAGGACGGCUGGCAGACAUUUUUACCAGAGAAUGAAUACACUAGGUUUACAGAUUGCUCUGAGGAAUGGAGACUUAGUUAUGUGAACAAAGAUUAUAAGGUUUGUGCAUCCUAUCCCCAUGCAGUGAUUGUACCUAAAUCUAUAGAUGAUGAAACAGUUAUAAAGGCUUCCCAGUUCAGACAAAACGGCAGGUUCCCUGUUCUCAGUUAUUAUCACAGACAGACAAAGGCUGUGAUGAUGAGGUGUAGUCAACCAUUGACAGGAAUGAACAACAAAAGAUGUAAAGAAGAUGAAAGAAUGGUCAAUUCUGUAAUGGGGCGGGGCAACAAAGGUUAUAUCAUAGACACAAGGUCACCUUCUGCUGCUGAAUCAGCACAAAAUAAAGGUGGAGGUUAUGAACCUGAAGUAUAUUAUCCACAGUGGAGACGGAUACAUCAGUCAGUGGAUAGGAGACAAGCUUUCCAUGACUCACUCAUCAAAUUGAUGGAAUCAUCCCUUGACAACACCAGUAGUAUGGAUAAAUGGUUAUCAAAGUUAGAAUCCAGUAACUGGUUAUCACAUGUCAAAGAUAUACUAACAUGUGCUUGUACUGUAGCACAGUGUAUAGAUUCUGAAGGGGCUUCAGUAUUGGUCCAUGGAUCUGAGGGAUUUGAUACAACUUUACAGGUUAUCUCCCUUGUACAACUUAUAUUGGACCAUGACUGUAGGACCAUUAAUGGAUUUGAAGCCUUAGUAGAACGUGAAUGGUUACAAGGAGGACAUCCAUUUGCUGACCGCUGUUCCAAAUCGGCAUUUGCCAUUACUAAACAGAGAAGUGAAUCUCCUAUUUUUCUUCUCUUUUUAGAUUGUGUCUGGCAAAUAUGGCAACAGUUUCCUUGUUCAUUUGAGUUCAAUGAAGAGUUUCUUAUCCUGCUGUUUGAACACACUUACUCUUCACAAUUUGGUACAUUCCUGUGCAAUAAUGAGAAAGAAAGAAAAGAGUGUAAAUUGUCCUCAAGAACAGUCUCUUUAUGGACAUAUUUAGCAAGACCAGAAGUUUUACAGAAGUAUCUUAAUCCUAUGUAUGAUCCUAAUCCACGAGUUAUAUGGCCCUCUGUAGCUCCACAAAGUUUGGUGUUGUGGUCUGGGUUAUACCAGAGAUCUAUAAUUGACCAAUCAAAACAGAAGGAGGCUUGGCAGGAAGUCAGUAAAAUUAGAGAGUAUGACAAAGAAUUAAGGUCAAAGGUCACCAAACUCAGAAGACAACUGGCUUCAUUAGAAAGAGAAGCACUAGGAGUUGGACUGAUUCUCCCCUCAGAACUUGGUGUGGAUUGUAUACCAGAAUGAGGUCAAUAUUAAGAACAAACUUUGCUGGACUGAUUCUUCCCUCAGAGCUUGGUGUUGAUUGUAUACCAGAAUGAGGUCAAUAUUCAGGACAUACUUCACUGGACUAAUUUAUGAAAAUUGUAUAGUCUGUAACUUACUGAUGUAUCUUCAGAUUUUAAAUACCAGGGUAGAGACUUUCAUGUUCCAUUUUGUCGUAAGGAUGUACUUAGGUGAAAUUAAAAAAAUGUAGAAUUUAAAAUUGAUACUAUAAGUUGGAAGAGUAUUAGAUAAGGAACAAAAUAAGCUAAACAUAUUGAUAGGUUAUGGAGCUCCUUUUCAAGAAAUUGAAUUUAAAAAAAAAAUUGCAAGAAAAGGCUGACUAAGACUUUGAUAUUUUUGCAUUGGUAUUAUUUGUUGGGUCUCGAAAGAACAUAAAUCUAAAAUAUUGGUGAAGGACUAUUAAAGUCUUAUAUGAACUUUACAAUUGGUGUUAUGUAGCAAAAUAAUUUAUCCUG